GGGCGCGGCGGCACCGGGCCCCUCUUAAAAGGGCAACGCGGGGUUGCCCUCCGGUGUUGGGGACGGGACCGGGACCGGGGCCUGUGCCCGGAGCCGCGGAGGGAGCGCAGCUGGCUCUCCCCGGGAGUACCGGGACAGGUGAAAUCACCGCUGGCUGCUGAGCGCCUUCUCCCGCGCCCCCGAGCUGCGAGGGGCGCCGCGGUUCCCAUUCCUGUUCCGGUCCUUCUUCUGCUCCCUCUCCGAUCCCGGUCCGGUACCGUUCCCUGUUCCAUUCCCGGUGCGGUCCCUCUCCGCUCCUGCUCCAUCUCCUGCUCCCUUUCCUAGUCCCGCUCCCGUUCCGCUCCAGUAUCGGUCUCACUCCCGUUCUGCAUUACUGCACUCAACUCCCGAUGCCGCUCCCGGUCUGUUCCCAGCAGCGGUUCCGCUCUCGCCCCAGUCCCAGUCUCAGUCCCAGUCCCUGUCUCGCUCCCGGUUUCACUCUAGUAGAGUAACCUUUACCCCUCUCGGUCCCGGUCCCGGUUCUGGUCCCGGUGCGUGGCGGGAGCGUCAUGCGGGGCUGUGUCCGCCAGGGGGCGCCGCAGGUUCGGGGCCACUGGCCCGGGGUGGGGACGGGGAGAGUCGGGACCACCGGACCUGGACACACGGACACACCGGGCAUGGACAGGCUGGACACAGGGAUCUACUGGGCACGGACACACGGACACACCGGGCAUGGACAGGGUGGACACAGGGGAUCUACUGGGCACGGACACACCGGGCACGAACAGGGUUAACACAUGGGAUUUACCGGGCACGAACACACAGACACACCGGGCAUGGACACCCAGACACACCGGACAUGGACAGGGUGGACACACGGGAUCCACUGGGCAUUGAUAGGCUGGACACAGGGGAUCCACCGAACACAGACAGGGUGGACAUAGGGGACACACCGGGCACAGACAGGCUGGACACACGGGAUCCACCGGGCACGGACAGGCUGGACACAGACAGGCUGGACACAGGGAAUACACUGGGCAUGGACAGGGUGGGCACAUGGAACCCACUGGUCAUGGACAGGGUGGACAUACAGACCCACAAGACAAGAUGGGCACACAGACCCACUGGGCAUGGACAGGGUGGGCACAUGGGACCCACUGGUCAUGGACAGGGUGGGCUAAUGGCCCCUGCUCCCAGGGCUGGUGGGUGAGAGCAGUUGCUGGGACCCCUUCUUGCCCCUCAGCCCCACACACAGUGUGUCCUCUGUGGGGUCUGCAGGAGGAAAACCGCAGCCCUCACUCUGGGGGGGAUGGCUGGCUCAGGGGAAAACUCCUGGAGCUGCGUGGGGAGGGGGAUAAGGGCUGGAGCAGAGGGCAGCAGGGUCAGCAUCACUGCACGGGGAGAGCCUUUCCCCUGGUGAGGCCUUUUGGGAAGGAAAUGUUUGCCCAGAGGUGCUGCCUGCAUCCUGCCUGCAGCUGCCUGCACGUGGCCUGGCUUGCCCAGGCUGUGGCUGCUGUGGGGGGAGCAGAGUGGUGCUGAGUCCCACCCCACCUGCACAUCCAUCCCUUAAUCACUGCAGCAUGGAGGGUCCCCCCUCUCUGCUCCCCUUCUCAGCACCACCUCAGAACCCUUUGGCAUGCCUGGGGUGGCACUUUGGGCUCACACGAGGCUGGCCAGGAGCCAAAUGUGGGGACCCCAACCACAACCACCCCAGGAACUGGGACCCCCACAGGAAUCACCACCCUGAUGAGACACUGGGGCCCUCCCAGGGAUCAGGAAUUUCUGCACAGUGGGAUCAGUAGCUUUUGAUGCCCAUCCGUGCCAGGAGCCCAUGUCACCUGCGCCCAGGCACGGGCGGUGCCCGUUACCUGUGGGGUGGGGCGCUGGCACCUGGCAUCCCCCGUGUCCUGGCUGGGGAUGGGGGUUUGUACCUGCUGGGGGGGCCCUGGCACUUGGAGGGAGCUUACUGGGAGGUGCUGGGAUGUGGUGGGGCCCUGGGCUGUACCUGCGUAAUCGUUUCGGGGGGGUCACCGCUGCUUAUUUGAGUGUAGGGCGAGGCGAUGACCAGCCGCUAAUGAUUAACCCUGGGCUGAGCCGGAGGAUGAGGCCCCCCCUGCGCGAGGGGCUGGGGGUCUCCGUGUGCCCCCCGUGCCCCCCACAAGGUCGGUAGCUCAGCGUGGGCAGCCUGGCAGAUGCUGCUCCACCCCUGCCCCAGGAUGCCCGGCUGCUGUCCCGUCCGGUGCCCACCAGGGCUGUGCCCACCCGUGGCACGGGGACGCUGCCAGUGACAUCUCCAGAGCCAGGGAAGCGUGAAGGACCCAGCCUGGGGGGCUGAUGCUGCGGGUACCCCCUGGGCGCCGUGGCACCCCUGUGCCAAGCGGGGCAGAACGACCCCCCCUGCCUGGAGCCGGCGGCGGGGCGGGGCCUCCCCACCUGCUCCAGGUGCUCUAUAAAGCUCAGGCCGCUGCCGAGCUGCCAGUUCCGGAUCCCUGGAGUGAGGAGUGUGCCACGGGCUAACGGGAGAGCAGCGGCUGCCGAGCCCCGAGAGGCGCCGGCACCCCCUGGAUGAGCCCCAUGGCGUUCCCUGUCCUUCUGCUGCUGCUGGUGCUGGGCACAGGUACCCAUGCCAUGACCACCGAGACAACCAUGGAGAUGGAAACCACUGAAACGACCACGGUGGAGAUGACCACGGAAAGCACCGCCAGCACCUGGCUGCCAAAUAUAUUCCCCAAAAGCACACGGGCCAGCCGGCCCCAAACCCCUGUCUUCCCCUAUGCCACCGCGUUCCCUGGCAAAAACACCACGAACUUCCAGUUUGGCAACCACUCCACCAGCAAUGCCACAUCCAAUGGCACUGUGGUGCCUGUCCCCAGCAGCCCAGCCAUGCCCCAUGCCAAUGCCACCUCAAACAGCAGCAGCUGGGCACCCCACCUUGGCACCAACGGCAGCUCUGCCGCUCCCACCACCAUGCACGGCAGCACCAAAGGCAAUGGGAGCACCAGUGCUCAGGUCUUUCCCACCCAGAUAACGUCCGAGGGCAGCACAUCUCCCACCCAGGGUGGUCCCAACCCCAGCAAAACCUCAGCCCAGCUGCCUGGUCCUGCCCGGCUGCUCGUCCGUGUCCCGCUGUCCUUCCGUAUCAUCAACAGGAGCUUCAACGAGAGCCUGCGUGACCCAGCAUCAGAGGAUUACAGGAGCCUGAGCCGCACUGUCCUGACCAUGUUCCAACACGUCUUUGGCUGCCCGGGCUGCAUGGGCACGCAGACCUACACCGGGUGCAGCGAGCUGCAGUACAGCCAAGGCUCGGUGCAGGUCCAGUCCACCCUCGUGUUUGGGAAUGGAAGCGAUGCUGUCACUGCUGAUGCUGCUGAGCAGCGCCUGAGGAAGAGCCUGGACCAGAAUGGCUUCAUCAUGGGCCUGCAGCUGGACAGCAUCCAGAGCUCUGCAGCAGUGAUAUCCCCAGCUCCAGCGCCCAUGAUCCCAGACUGGGCCAUCGCUCUGCUGGUCCUGGUCAGCAUCCUGCUGCUGUUCACCCUCUUCACCUGUCUCCUCCUGAUGUCCACCUGCACCUGCCGCCGCAAGAGCCGAGGGAAGCUGGACCUGCUCAGCCAGAAGGAUUCCUACCACCCCAUGGCUGAGUACCUGCAGUACCAGAGCCACGGGCGCUACGUGUCCCCCAACAGCAAACCCAACCCCUACAGCCAGGUGGCCGGCGGCAGCACCACGAGGUCCGGCACCUUCACCUACACCAACCCCGCCGCCGGCUCCGACAACCUGUGAAGGGCUGGCUGGAAGGAGCGCGGCUGCCGAGGGGAGGGGGCAGCCCCAGAGAGCCGCCCCCCACUCCCGGGAGGGCAGCACCGGCCCCGGGCGCAUCCCCCGGUGCUGCUCGGCCGUGGGCAGCGGGAGCCGGACGGUUCUGGAGCAGCCGGAUUCGCGCACAUGACAGAACUGCAUGAGCGGAGAUGGGAGAGGGAAGAUCCCGCACACAGCCCACGGUCCCCGCACUCGCUUGGCUUUGCUACCCUGCUCCGUGCCAGGAGGACGGGGCUCGGGCUCCCCCUGCGACUCAACGGCUCUUUUUGUGGUGUUAUUUGAUAUAAAUAUCUCUGUUUGCGGGGUGUUGGUGCCGGGCUUGGCUCGGCGGGGUGGCAGCUCCUGGGCUGGGGUGUAUUUAUCACGGUUCAAAUAAAAGGAUGGGGGGCAGCCAUGUGCCAGGGGGGCUUCUCUGGGACAGGGCUGGCGCCCACCGAGGUGUGGCCUGGGCUUGGGUGGUGGCUCUUGUUUGCCAUUCCAGGCAAUCCUGGGUUUGCUGCUGGGGAUGUCACCAUGUUACCCACUCUGAAUGUCACCCAUCCUGCCA